CAUCAAGUCUGUCGAACUAAAGACCACUAGGGCCGAGCUGACUAUAUCCACUCGCUCAUCCCCAGAGCAUACACAAGGCCGAUUCUGGGUCGCCCAGUUGUGCUUCUUUCGCCAGAAGAACAAGGAAAAACCUGAGGCGCCAUGCAAAAGAGCACAAAGGUGAAGAUCACAUAUGUGGUCAUCCUGACAGGCAUAGUGUGCAUGUUUACAGCAGUGGUGACCGAUCACUGGGCUGUGUUAAGCCACCAGGUAGACAAGGUCAACAGUACCUGUGAGGCAGCCCACUUCGGAUUGUGGAGGCUCUGCAAGAAGGUCAUUUACAUCGACGAUCCAGAGACUGUUAAUCAAGGAUGUGGACCACUCAGUCUGCCAGGAGAGGUCAACUGUUCCUACUUCAGACACUUCACUCCUGGACAAGACUCAGAGAUAUUCGAGGUUAAAACACAAAGAGAGUACAACAUCUCAGCAGCAGCGAUUGCUGUUUUCAGUCUGGCCUUCAUUAUUCUGGGAUCUCUGUGCAUUCUGGCAUCUCUGAGGAAAGGCAAGGACUAUCUCCACAAACCUGCUGGAAUGUUCUUUGCAUUUGCUGGCGUAUGUGCUAUCAUUUCGGUGGAAGUGAUGAGGCAGUCCGUAAAGAGGAUGAUUGAGAGUGAGGACACCAUCUGGAUUGAGUACCACUACUCCUGGUCUUUUGCCUGCGCCUGCACGGCCUUCGUCUUCCUCUUUCUCAGUGGGAUCGUUCUCCUUGUCCUCUCCAUGCCCCAAAUGCCUAAGAACCCAUGGGAGACCUGCAUGGAUGCAGAACCAGAGCACAUUGGAUAAAGCCAGGCUAUGAGAAAUCUGCAUUGUUUUGCCACCGCUGCAUGGAAUCAUGGGGCUCAUAGAAACACAGCUAAUUUGGAUUUUCAUAAUACUGGUGUAUUCUUUUUGAUAUUGUGUUCAAUGGGCUUUGGGAUUUAAACCUCCCUGAAUUAUUUUAGGACAGUUCCAUUGUAUGAUGCUUAAUAAUGAAUGGUUAUUAUAAUAGAAUGGAUGUAAGAUGAAAUGUAACAUGUAAACAUGCUACAAUGAUUGUAUUUAAUGUCAAAGGAACAUGUCCUUUAGUUUAAUCGCAUUUGAUUGGCUACGAGCUGCUAAGCAAUUUUCCAGUUUGUGUUCACUGUAGGAGACAAAAAUUUAUAGAUUUAAUUUAACUAUAGACAGGCAUAUGUAUUUAAAAACAUUUAUAGAUUAAACAACUUCUUUAGCAUAGUAAUAGCAUGUUGGUUUCAUUCUUGUCUGUCACAAAAUGAUAUACUCUGUUUAAUGCCUUUUUUUACUCUGGCAACAUUGCUUCAAAUCAAAUUCGGAAUAUAAACAUUGCUCCAAUCAACCCAAAAUGCAUUAGCAUGUCAAAGUUCUUAUUACAUUUUGGAAUGCUAAAUCAUUUCACAUAUUUAUUUACCCCAGACUUUGCUGAAAUUGUUACCUGGUCGUCCCAACAGGUCAGUAAGAGUUGGACGCAAUUUGUGAGCUGUGGUUGGUAAAAAUCCUUGACGUGCAGCGAUUCUACCUAAGGAAAUUUUGUAAAACGAAGGAAAAACUGUACCAUCAUGGUCUAAAUCUAUAUAUUACUGCCAAGCAAUUGACUUGAUGGAAUAGAUUUAUGCUUUUCAUAUGUGUUGUGUUU